AUGGAGGCCUACAAGCGAUUCUCCCAGCCCGAGCUUUUUCUGUCCCUUAAAAGGGACCUUGCGAUGAUCACUCAGCAGGUGUUUGUGGCUGAGGAGUUCUGUUGCAGCAACCGCAACUUGGCUGAAGCUGAAGUCCAGUCUCAGAAAAAGAUGGAGAAGACCGUGGGGUCCCUCAAGCAAGAGAACCUUGAACUUGCGGAGAAGUUCAAAGAGUCGGAGAAACAGCGCCGGAGCGCGGAGGCUGGCCUGAAGAGUGCUGAAACCCAAGCGGAGGACCAGCGCCAGAAGUUGUUCGUAACCGAGACCAGUCUUGCUACUGAGAAGCAAAAUGUACUGGAACUUAAGGCCGCUCUGCAGAAAGCUGAGGACGAGAUACGACGGGUUAAAGAAGAGGCUCAGCCGAUCCGAGAGACUGCAGAGGCUGAAAAGAAAGUUGCUCAUCAGCUCGGGAUUCAAGAAACGGAGGCCAGGCUCUCUGAGGAAAUUCCCGAGGUGUGUAGGGACUACUGCAGCAUCUCAUGGGCUCAUGCCCUUGAUGCUGCAAGAAUUCCUGCAGAUUCGGGGCUGAGAUUGCCUGAGAAGGUCUUCUAUCCUCAAGAGAUCCGAGAGAAUCCUGAUAGCGCCCAAGCAACUUCUGAGCAGGGCUUGGCUGUGCCUAAUGCCAUCCCUCUGCUUGAAAAAGCCAAGGAUCUUGCCAAGGACUCCAUCACCGAGGCUCCUCCUCCUCAGCCAGAGCAAAAAAAAGAUCCUCCUGUUGAGGCUUAG